AUGAGCGUGAAGGAUGUCGGAGAUGCCAUGAAAUGUGGAGCUUUUCCUUUGCUCUUAGAAAGAUCAGCUAAGGAUUGGUUCAAGUCCUUGAAGCGAAACUCCAUAAGCUCAUUUUACCUGCUCAAACAGAGCUUUGUGAACCAAUUUCUAUCUACCUCAAAGAAGAGAUACCCACCUCACUACCUCCUCAGCAUCAGUUGCUCCAAAGAUACGACCUAUACUGCCCUUCUAGCUGGGUUCCGAAGAGGACCUUUUAUAUUCCAUGUCAACAAGCUUCCACCUAAGAGUUAUGAGGACCUGGUGUCCGAGGCGUAUUGUCAUGCCAUAGUUGAGGAGAUGACAUAUGACACACUAGAAGGGAAGGAUCCGUCGCAGCCUAGUGUGGGAAAGGCCGAGAUCGGCCACAAAAUCUUAAAUAAAUUUCGAUCGCGAUUCGACAACUACACUCCGUUGAAUACUAAUCGACAGGAGGUCUUCUUCCACAUCCAAACUAAGUUGCCAAGACCCCGACCUUUGAGGUUUUCCAAAGGGCGAAAGGAUCCAAAUCCAUAUUGUAGAUAUCACCACGAGAACGGUCAUACGACGGACCAAUGUUACGAACUCCAGGAUGAGAUUGAAGCAAUAAUUAGGCGAGGUCGUCUAAGCCAAUUCGUGGGUGAGAAGAAGCAAGCAGAACAACAUGACAACAUACCAGAUAAGCCACCACGUGUUACGAAAGACAUCAAUGUUAUCUCAGGUGGAGAAACUCUAGCUGGGCACUCCAACAAAGCACGAAAGGUGUAUGCGUGA